AUGGCUGUGAAGGGCAAAGAGUCACCAGUGUACCUCCAGCUGCUGCUGAAGGAUGACAUCUCAACUAGUCCUCAGCUCUUUACUCCCAUGAGCCCUUACGAUGCCUACCUUCCGAUUCAAACAGCCGACGAUGUGUUGUUGGGUUCUCAGUUUAACCAGCCCAAAGAGCUUUCGACAGACUUCUCCUCUGUAGAUCUCAGCUUUCUUCCAGAUAUUACCCAAGAUAACAAAGAACAAAAUCUAUCUGAAGAUGUCCAGGAAAUGCAAAAAGAGCCGGAUGGGGAUGGGUCAAUACCAAGAAAUGAGGACAGUGGUAUCUUCAUGGAUGAAAGCAGCUUGUCCUAUCCAGAUGGAACUCAACCAUCUCCUGAAGCAUCUGGUGUGUGUCCUCCCCUGACACCGAUGACUCCGAUGACCCCAGUGACACCUGCAUCAGAAAGCUCUGGCAUAGUUCCUCAGUUACAGAAUAUAGUGUCGACUGUAAACUUGGCUUGUAAACUAGAUCUGAAGAACAUAGCUCUGCAUGCCAGAAAUGCAGAGUAUAACCCAAAGAGGUUCGCUGCUGUGAUCAUGAGAAUCAGGGAACCGCGAACAACAGCUCUCAUCUUCAGUUCAGGAAAAAUGGUGUGCACGGGAGCAAAAAGCGAAGAGCAAUCACGGCUGGCAGCCAGGAAGUACGCACGCGUGGUGCAGAAGCUUGGCUUCCCUGCCAAGUUCCUGGACUUCAAGAUCCAGAAUAUGGUUGGGAGCUGUGAUGUGAGGUUCCCCAUCCGGCUGGAAGGCUUGGUUCUCACUCACUAGCAGUUAAGCUUCUGCUAUGAGCCCGAACUAUUUCCUGGCCUUAUUUAUAGGAUGGUCAAACCAAGAAUAGUGCUCCUCAUCUUUGUGUCUGGAAAAGUUGUACUGACUGGAGCAAAAGAGCGUUCUGAAAUCUAUGAGGCAUUUGAGAACAUCUACCCCAUUCUAAAAGGUUUCAAGAAAGCAUCAUAA